AUGAUGGAACGGGGAUGCAAGGAUCGGCACGGUGGUGGCAAUGUGAGGCACGGUGGUGGCAAUGUGAGGCACGGUGGUGGCAAUGUGAGGCACGGUGGUGGCAAUGUGAGGCACGGUGGUGGCAAUGUGAGGCACGGUGGUGGCAAUGUGAGGCACGGUGGUGGCAAUGUGAGGCACGGUGGUGGCAAUGUGAGGCACGGUGGUGGCAAUGUGAGGCACGGUGGUGGCAAUGUGAGGCACGGUGGUGGCAAUGUGAGGCACGGUGGUUGCAAU